UCCAUUGAAUUCAAAAAUUAGAGGCACAAAUUAUGCAGUUAUUCUUACUCCUCACCUUUACUUUCCUCCUCUCUCGAGGAGAAAGCAUCCAUAAAUUUUCUCUACAAACUCGCCAUCCUCUUGACCCACUAUCUCCCCAAGAAAUUUCUGACACGGUUGUAAUUAUCAAAAAUUACUCAACACAUCCAAUUCCUUGGCUUUACAUAUGGAUUACGCUCCAAGAACCGGAAAAAGCCCAGCUUUUUCCAUACUUCUUAAACAACACGAUUCCUCCCGAAUGCGUCAUUCCACGUCAAUCAUUCUCAAUUUUGAUUAAUCCCCAAGAUGGGUCAGUUUUUGAAGUCAUUGUUGACCUGUCGACGAAGCACGUCCAAAUUUUCGACAAAGUUGAUAAAUCUUUACAACCUACAUUUGCCUAUGAUGAGUUGGAUGCCAUUGCGAAAAUGUUAUUGGAGGAUGAAACCAUUCAAGCACGGUUGUUCAAGAAUCACUGCACCAACUUGAGUUUAGUUGUUCCAGACGUUUGGAAAUAUGGAUAUGAUGGAGAUAAACCAAAUUAUAAGAACCGUCGUAUGGCCCAAGCUUAUUUUUACGUUCGAGAAUUUGAGUUUGGCAAUUAUUUCGCUCAUCCUCUGAGUUUUCUCGCAGUGAUUGAUAUCAUACAAAACAAAGUCCUCGAAUUAGAAGAACUUCCUAUUUAUGAAGAUUCAAAAAUUCCUACAAACCUUGACAUUAUUCCCAAACCAAAGAACUCUAACUACGACCCGAUCGUGUUGCCAAAAGAAUUUUACGGACCAAGCCUGAAUCCGAUCAAAAUCGAGCAGCCUCUUGGCCCAAGUUUCGUUAUGGAGGGGAAUUACCUGAAAUGGAGAAAGUUCAGUUUGCGGAUAGGCUUUAAUGGACGAGAAGGGCUAGUUCUGCACCACAUAAAUUACGAUGAUGCUGGAAAACUUCGACCAUUAAUAUUCCGGGCUGCACUUUCUGAAAUUUUUGUCCCGUAUGGUUCUCCGAGAGCUCCAUAUCAUAGAAAAAUGCCAUUUGACGCUGGCGAAUACGGAGUUGGCUUCAACGUUAAUGAAAUCGAUCCACGCUCAGAAGUUUGCAAAGGUUCCGUCGUCUACCUCAACUCCACCGUGAACACGAUGUCCGGUGACGUCAAGAAAUUGAUGAAUACGAUAUGCAUUUACGAGGAGGACGCUGGAAUUCUCUGGAGAAAGAAGGAUCCUAUAACAGGACGCGCCUUAACAUUACGAGCCCAACGACUGGUCAUCUCGAUGUUUGCGACACUCUCCAACUACGACUAUCAGCUGAGGUGGAUGUUAUAUCCCGACGCGACGAUAAGAUUCGAAACCGUGCUGACGGGAAUUGUGGAUUUGAAUCUUGCAGCUGGUGGGACACUGCCAGAAAAACAUGGGACGCUUCUUGGAGACAACGUGGUUGGACAAUUUCAUCAACACUUUUUUGUGAUUCGAAUCGACACAGAUUUUGAUGGAUUGAAUAAUACAGUGUCAACUGUAGAUAUUAAACGUGAUAUUGCUCAAAAUCCAUACGGCAAUGGCUUUCAUUCUGAAGAAAAUGUGCUCAAAUCGUCUGGCCAAGCUCGUACCAUGACAUCUGCAGCGACGUCUCGAUCGUGGAAAAUAAGGACAUCUCAAAUUAAUCCGGUUUCACUUACUGCAAAAUCAUGGAAAUUAAUACCUGAAAAUGGUCAAGCACCCUUGAUUUCAUCAAAUAGCGAAAUUCAUCCAAAGUCGGCGUUUGCAAAUUACAGUGUCUGGGUAACACCUUAUCGGGAAGGACAGCUAUACGCGGGAGGAAUGUAUCUCAACAAUAGCGGGCUACCAGAAUGGGUAGGACACGAUGAAGGAGCAAAUGUUGAAAAUACAGAUAUCGUUUUAUGGCAUGUUCUUGGCCUAACGCACAUUCCGAGGACGUGUGAUUUUCCAGUGAUGCCUGCCGAAUCCGUUGGAUUCUGGUUAAAGCCAUCGAAUUUUUUUGCAGUGAAUCCUGCCAUGGAUUUGAAACCGUUUUGAAAAAUGGGUCAACUAAUGUAAAACUUUCAUGGGAGUGAAAUGAGAGAACAAUGCACAAAAUUAAUAAA